AUGUCCCCCAAAUUCCGCUUCCAGAUAAUCUCCGACCUGCACCUCGAAACGCCCCUCAUGUCGCCCUCAUACUCCACCUUCCACCUCCCCAUCCACGCCCCCAACCUCUUCCUCCUCGGGGACACCGGGCUGACCUCCCACCCCCAACUUUUCACCUUCCUCUCCACCCUCCUGCACACCCACACCUCUCUGCGCAUAUUCUACAUCCUCGGAAACCACGAAGCAUACCACACAACCCUCGGAACCAGCAUCGCCUCUCUCUCAGCCUUCGAAGCGCAACAAGGCCCGCAGCGCUUCACAUUCAUGAACCGCCGACGCAUCGACAUCUCCGCCACCCUCACAAUCCUAGGCUGCACACUGUGGACACACAUCCCGCCUUCCUCAUCCCUCGCCUGCGCGAACUCACUCACAGACUUCAACGAAGAAAAAGGGAUCUGGGCCCGCAGCGUCGAGCAGCACAACAUCGACCACGCGACUGAUUUAUCUUGGUUGAACGCCACUAUCGCCUCUAUCCCGCUAGAUCGCCAGGUCAUCGUGCUAACGCAUCAUUCCCCUACAAUCGACCCGCGCGCGAACCAUCCGAGGCACGGGGGGAGUAGUACCAACGCGGGAUUCAGGUCGGAUUUGAGCGCCGAGGAGUGUUGGCGGAGUGAGAGGUUUUACGAGGAGGAUGGAGGGAAGUUGGUGGUGGCAAAUCAGAAGGGGUAUGGGAAGAGGGACGGAGUGGUUGUUGUUGUUGAAGAGGGAGGAGAUGGGGGGUGGAGAGUUGUUAUUGGGGAGAAGGAAGAGAGGGAGGGGAGUGGGAGGAAGGGAAUGGAAGAAGGGAUUGUGAAUGUAGGGGGCUGUGGAGAUGAGUUGGGUGCUGGUGCUGGUGCUGGUGUGGAGGGAAAGGAGAUAAAGAGUACUGCGGUGAAGGAUAACCCGACAGAGGAGAAAGUAGGCGAGAUCCAUCUAGAGCCAAAGAACGCUUCGAGAUGGCGGACCGCGAUGGUCAAGAUCAAGAACAGCUUGCACAAGUCAUAA